AUGGCAUCUUCGACACAAGAAGGCGGACCCCUCAAAUUCGAAGAGAUCCCGCCGUCUGGCGUCUCGUGCGAUCUCAUUGAGCCUACUGAAGUUUACGAGUCGAUUGAGCGCGUCAAAGCGGUGGGCCAACACGCACACAGGGACUUUUUACUGGUUGAUGUGCGUAGGACUGACUGGGAGGGUGGCACGGUUGCCACGUCUGUGAAUUUCCCGGCUCAGUCGUUUUAUCAAACUCGAGGGGGAGUGUAUCAACUGUGCAAGCAGGCUGGGAUUAAGAAGGUUAUCUUUUACUGCGGUGAGUGCCUACCGGCAAAUACGUUGAAUGUAACGCUUUGGAAGCUGAUAGCAGGUUGGCCACAUGCAGGGAGCUGUGGCACUCGAGGGCCGAAAUGUGCAGGCUGGUUCCAGGAGUACCUCGAUUCGAUUGGCGAGACUGAGAUGAAGGCCUUGAUUCUCAGGGGAGGCGUCAAGGGAUGGCAGAAGACAUACAACGGCCAGUUGAUGGAUUAUUAUGAUCCGGGCGCCUGGGGUUCACAAAGCAAGUAG